UCUUUAGUUCGAUUUUCACACACAAUUGGGAUCCCAUGUUCUGCUCUGUUUCAUCCCUGAACCUACAGACUUAGUCGGCGGCUUUCAUCGGAUUCUGCAAUUGAGCUGCACAGAUUUAGAGGUUAAAAAUAUGGAAGGCUUCAUAACUGUGCUCACGAGCUGGUCUGAGGAGACUGUUGCAGCACUGGUCUUGCUCUACAUCCUACUCAAGGCUUUCAAAACAGUUAUACAUACGGCCUGGAGACGACCUCCAGGGCCUCCAGCAUGGCCAGUGAUUGGCCAUUACCAGUACCUGAAAUCUGGGUUACCUCACCAUUCCCUGACCAAAAUCGCUGAACAGUACGGACCCAUAGUGUGGCUGCAACUGGGAGCGGUAGGUGCUGUAAUUGUAUCUUCCUCGGAUAUGGCCAGGGAAAUUCUGAAAACUCAAGAUCACAUAUUCGCCUCUCGUCCUGCAGGGAUAAUAGGAGAUACGCUGUUUGCGAAAGGUCAGGAUUUAUUGUUUAGCCCUUUGAAUGACAACUUUCGUCUGGCCCGGAAAAUCUUUACCACAGAACUUCUUUCGCAACAGCGGGUCGACUCAUUUAAGGGUCUGAGGCGAGAGUUGGUUUUGAAAACGAUGCGAACAGCACUUGAGGAGGGCCAUGCCAAUCGCUACUUAAAUUUAUCCGAUCUAUUGCACGACCAGUCUAUGUCUUUGUCGACUAGAAUGCUAUAUCGAAUGGAUGGACAUGCUCAGAAUAAAGAGCUUAUUGAGAUUAUAAGAGAUUUAUCAAGUACAGGAUUUCUCGUAAAAGAAGAGUACUUCCCUUUGCUGAAGCUACUAGAUCUGAGCGGACAACUUAAAAAGCUGAAGAAGUUAAGUGAAAGAUAUUUUGACCUUAUGGAUUCCAUCAUCGACAACCGCCUGAAGGAAACGACCAAAUCGAAAUCGAAUACUGAAGAGGACUUCUUGGACGUGCUGUUGGCAAAGAGCAAUAUUUCACGUGUUCAAAUCAAAGUCCUUCUUCUGGACAUAAUCCUUGCUGGAGGUGAGACUAUCCCUGAUACGAUUGUGUGGGCUAUGACUGAGCUUCUGCGGCAUCCCAACGUUAUGGAAAGACUUCAGAAUGAGCUGGACGAUGUGAUCGGUAAGGAAAGGCUAGUUGAAGAAUCAGAUCUCAAGAAACUCGAGUAUCUGCAGGCAGUGGUGAAGGAAACACUACGGCUGCACCCAGUCGGUGUUUUGGGAGUUCCUCACGUGUCUAUCGAGGCAACAAAAGUAGCAGGAUACGAUAUACCGGCCAGCACCCGGGUCAUGGUGAACUUUUACGCCAUUGGAAGAGAUCCCAAGGUUUGGGAAAACCCUCUGAAAUUCGAUCCUUCAAGAUUCUUAAACAGCCCUAUAGAUGUGAAAGGGCAGCAAUUUGAGGUUCUGCCCUUCAGCUCUGGGCGAAGGAAGUGUCCGGGCAUGCACUUGGCUCUCGUCUCUGUGUCGUAUACUCUCGCCCAGCUGAUUCAUGCUUGUACAGUCUCCCUCCCCGAAGGCUUCACUCACCUCGACUUAGAUCUGGAAGAGAAGUUCGGAAUGUCCGUAUCGAAGAAGAAUCCUUUGAAUCUGCUCAUUCAGAAGCGAUUGCCUUCGGACGUCUACGGUAGGACAGAAUUGAAUGUUUCUGGCCAGUAAAGAAUGAACGCUCGUUCAUGUCGAUUCUGCCAGCUAAGGCUUCAAAGGAAACUAAAAUAGAUAUUAGUUCUUUGAGAU